UUUUAAAAUUUAAUACUAGAAAACUUGUUCCACCUUAAGUAUAUGUCUUAUUUUUCUAAUUAAUAUUGGUCAAAUAAAUACAACUAAACAUCAACCAACAACUGAUUGCCGAAUAAAGAAUCCGAGUCGAACUACUCCCCGGGAACCCAACUCAGCUAGGAGCAUCUAGUCAACUAUGAACAUGAGAAUCCCUUGCACCAUACACGAAAAUAAACACGCCGUACGUAAAAUAUAUAAUUGGUCCCAUUCUUCCAUAUGAAUAAACCGCAUAUUGUGGUGCCCUAUUGCUUAAUAAACACCCUCAUACUUUCCUACCCACCUUAUUUUCUCCUCAAUUUUCUCUCAAAAAUGGAGCAAAAACCUCAAACUCAAACUCAAACAAAUUCACAAAAAAAUGAUCAACAAAAAUUACCAAACCUUCAAAAAACCAACCAUAACACCAAUAAGAAACCAAUAUGGGAUUGUGGGAGCACCCUCUACGACUCAUUCGAGCUCACCUCGUUCCAAAGACAACUCGACUCCGCCAUCAUCAACUCAUCUAGAACCUACUCCAUGCCUCGUCUUCCCUCCGAACACCGCCGUGCACCACCACCACCGCCGCCGUCGAAGAAGCCGAUAACCUCGAAGGUAUCCAGAUCUUUCCAGAAGCUUCUAAGGUCUGUUUUUAGGGCUUCCAAGCCCAAUAAUAAUAAUUCGAAGCCCAAUUAUGAUAGUAGUAGUAGCAGCCCUGAUCCAUGGUUUUUGGAUCAUGAGGUCCAAGAAAAAGACAAGGUGGUUGAUGGUGGUAGGUAUUUUGUUGUCUAUGAAAAGCCCAAUGGGCUUUCUAGUAUUCCUGAAGUUCCGGAAGUUUGCUUUUCGCCUGAGAUUAGUUCGUUGGUUAGGAAAACGAUGUCGGAUCGAUUCACGGCUGCUUCUACGGGUAUUUACUGUAUUUAGUAUAUAAAUUAAGGUAUAUAAAUACAUAAAGUAAAAUCGAGUAUAUUAACUUUUUAAGAACUUGUAUUAUUAAUUUUCCUUCUUUUAUGAAUAGUUGCUAAUAUUUUUAUAGUUUUUUUUUUUUUUUUUUCAUUUUAACUCGGUUACAAAUUCUUGGUUGUUCCGGGUACAGUACACCUGAAGUUAGGUGUUAUGUAACUUAAAUGUAUGUUAAAUGAAGUAGAUGCGUGUUAAAGUAGUACGUGAUCGAUGAAUAUAUGUUUGAGAGUUGAUCCACGAGUAUUGAUCAAAUA